AUGAGUGUCCACACACACUGGGCAGACCACGCCCCUGUCCCAGCGGCCAUCCACUUCACCAUCGGACUUUUUAUAACGGUCAUCGGUCUGGCGGCGGUGUGCGGGAAUAUUCUUGUCAUACUCACGUGCGUCAGGUUCAAGGACCUCAGGACACGCUCCAACAUCCUGAUCAUCAACCUGGCCAUAGGUGACCUCUUCAUGUGCUCCGUCGACUUCCCACUGCUCGCUCUGGCCAGCUUCUACCAGACUUGGCCAUUCGGCUCCAAAGUCUGCCAGAUGUACGCCUUCCUCACGGCUGUAGCUGGUAUGGUCACCAUCAACACGCUGGCCGUCAUCGCAGCCGACCGCUACUGGGCGGUGGUGCGGCGCCCCAACCCCGGCCACCACCUUCCCCGGUGCGCCACGGCCCUGGCUGUGGCCUCGGUCUGGUGCUACUCCAUCUCCUGGGCGCUGUGCCCCAUUCUGGGAUGGGGCGCCUACAUCCUGGACGGUAUAGGAACCACGUGCACGUUUGACUACCUGACCCGAAGCUGGCACAACAGGAGCUUCGUCAUGGCCAUGGUGGCGGGAAACUUUCUACUUCCGUUUGCCGUCAUGGCCUUCUGCUACACCCGCAUCUGGUUGGCCGUCAGGGAGGUCAAGAGUGGCCUUGAGAGGGAGUCCUCCCACGUGACCAUGGGCAGACGGCGAUUCUCCAGGGACAGCUUCAGUUCUGCCGGAAGUGUGAAGAGAACACCGGAUGCCGGAAAACGCCAGAGUUCCGGCAGCGAGACUUUCAGCCAGGACGAGGGUGUGGACUCGCAGCGUGACGUCAACUUCAACGACCACACGAGGGCGCGGAUAUUCUUCAGCAGACCCAAACUUCGGGGUCAGAGUUCAGUGUUGGCCCACGACUCUCCCCCACACAAGCAGGCCGCCGUCUGCUACAGCCAGAUCAGCUUCGGCUCAGACGACUGCGUGGCCUACAGCAGCCACGACUACUCCAUCCACUCCAAGCUGCUCCUCUCGUCUGCUGCCGGUCACACGCUCUGUGUCCCGUCACGGUCCAGUGGCUGCAGGUCAGUCGUCACGCGCAACCUCUCGCGUCACGAGGCGAAAAUAUCGUCUGCCUACUCGAUGGAGCAGAUGGCGCAAAUAUAUGAGAACCAGUUUGGAAACGGCGAAAUUUUUUACUGCAACGUCAGCAAGCAGGUCGGGGGUUCGAAACCCAACCAGCCCCGAUCUAAAACUCUUGAAAGGUCGAUAUUUGGGAGGAUACGGCUGCGCUACCACGCGGCCCUGGGCUCCAAACUUAUCCUCAAACAGCACCGUUAUCGUCUGCACUGUGAACACAAGACCAUCAAGGUCAUUAUGUUCCUGCUGAUGGCCUUCACCUUGUCCUGGUGCCCCUACACUGUCAUCAGCAUCAUCGGUCUGUUCGGCGACCAGAGCCACAUCUCCUACCUGUCCUCUGUGGUGCCCAGCCUCCUGGCCAAGACCUCUAUGGUCUUCAACCCCCUCCUCUACUCCAUCAGCCACCCCAAGGUCAGGAAACGGAUCCUCAAGGCCUUCUGUGGGGCGUCCAAGCUCCAGAGGCCAAAGGUCAGUCGGUGCCAGAACCUCCGCUCAUCCUCCACCCUCUCGGCCAACAGCCGCUCGUGA